AGUUCGCUGGAGGAGAUGUUGGAGUCUCUCCAGCAAAAGGACGAGGAUGACAAGCCGCGUGACUUGCCGCCGGCGUUGCCCUCUCGGCCCACUUCCAGGGCUCGGCUUCCCGCCGCCAGGCGGUCGUUGCCGGCGAACUUCAAUGUUGAGAUCGCCAUGGCUGCUCCAACGAAGUCGUUGAAUCAAUCUAGCAAAAAACGAGAGGUUAAACGACCAAGAGUUGGUAGUUUUGGGGGAAAAAAGGACAAAGAGUUUCCCGGUAAAUCGCCGUAUGUUAUUACAGUGCCAGAAGAGAAGGAAUGUGAGCAGAGUUGGGAGAAAACAGACACUACAAAUCUUGCAGAUGAGCCUUCCGCCUCACCGCCGAGGUUUCGGGAAUCGGAGUGGAAUGAUAACGUUGGUUAUUUUAUUAAGAAGAUUGCUGCAUUAGAGGAUACGAGAAAACAAGUUCUGCAAGGCACACUUGAGGUGCAGAAACGAUUUCGUGGUCAUCGGGCUCGUCGUGACUUCCACGAACUCAAGAAAGGAGUAACAACACUGCAAUCAUUUAUCCGUGGUGAGAAAGCUAGGAGGGAGUAUUAUUUAUUGAUAAAGUUGAGAAUGCUGGCUGCUCGCAAGACACUAGAAGAGCAGCUGAGGGCAAUUAUCUGUUUACAAUCUGUAAUUCGUGGUUGGUUGGCAAGAAGGCAUUCUAAUUACCUGCAGAAAUUGAAAAAUUCUAUUCCUGAUAAUACAAAACAAAAGCAUGGGAGGAAAAUUUCUGAAGUCAAGGAGGUAUCGCAAGCACCUGUUCUGCCUUCAGUUUUACAAGAGCUUCAGAGGCGUGUUGCAAAGGCAGAAGCCACUCUAGGGCAAAAGGAACAGGAAAAUGCAGCAUUAAGGGAGUAACUAGAGCAAGUCAAGGCAAGAUGGUCAGAAUAUGAGACAAAGAUGAAUCCAUGGAGGCCAUGUGGCAUAAGGAGAUGGUGUCUUUUCAAGUAAGUUUGCAUGUUUAUGAAUGCAUGUGGAUAGAACUUUAUACGUAUAUUAUUAUGGUCAGCCAAAUAAAUACAAAAAAAAAAUUGCUGGGACAAAGUAAUAAUUGGGAAAAAGUGCAAAUUGGAUUGCCUUGGCUCAUUCAGUUCAAUUAGUCAAUGGAUCUGCUGCACAUAAACUAUCAUUGGUGGAUCUUGAUCAUUAUCUGAGGCUGACAUUGCAUCUGUCGACUGUGUCAUGUGAUAACUGAAAACUCCUUCCUUUAUUUAAAUUUGUAUAGAUGCAAAGAAAGCACUGAGAACUAUACUAGGAUUUAUUAGUUUUAUAUAUAUAUAUAUAUAUAUGUAUA